AUGUCUCCCAGUGCCACCGUUAUCCUUCUAGGAACAUGCGAUACCAAACUCGAAGAAACGCUCUUGACCCGCGACCAGAUCCUCAGUCACGGUCUCUGCUCUGUGCUCGUCGCGGAUGUAGGCAGGACGCCGACGGUUGCACACAAGAACAUCGACAUCACGAAUCGAGAGCUGCUAGGGCGAUUUGACGGUAUCGUUGAUCUGUCCACACUUCCCAGGGCAGAAUAUAUCAAAAGGAUCAUCUCAUGUGCAGCCUCGCUGGUCAAGAGCUUGUAUCAAUCUGGAGCCAUCCACGGCAUCAUCGGCAUAGGGGGAUCGAGUGGGACGGCGCUCUCGACGGGCGUGAUGCGCCAGGCUCUGCCCAUCGGAUUCCCGAAGCUGAUGGUCUCGACGAUGGCCAGUGGAAAUGUCAAGCCGUACGUCGAGGAGACGGACAUCACCAUGAUGUACAGCGUGGUGGACAUUGUGGGGACGAAUUCCAUCUUGAAUCGCGUUCUGUCUAAUGCUGCUGCCGCGAUUGCUUGUAUGGCUGCGACUUUUGCAGAGAAAACGGCUGCUGCUACGACUGUCUACACGUCUACGCCUGGAACCGGUUCAGCCACUCCUCUCCUGCCCAAGAAGCGGGUCGGAGUGACCAUGUUUGGCGUGACAACGCCCUGCGUGGAUAGAAUCCGAGACUAUCUGGGACAAACCCACGGGUAUGAAGUGUACAUCUUCCAUGCAACAGGAUCCGGAGGGAGGGCCAUGGAGCGACUGAUUUCAGAGCACCAACUCGAUGCUGUGCUCGACAUCACCACCACGGAAAUUGCGGACGCCAUCGUCGGAGGCAUGUUGGCAGCCAGUCCGGACCGAUUAGAAGCAGCUGCAAAAUCGGGAAUCCCUCAAGUCAUCAGCGUGGGAGCGUGUGACAUGGUUAAUUUCGGACCGCCAGACUCGGUUCCGGUAAAGUUCAGCGGAAAAAGCAGUGGCAAAGAUCAUGGUAGAUUACUCUACGAGCACAACCCGUCGGUGACAUUGAUGAGGACUACGCCGGAUGAAUGUAGACAGAUCGCCAGGUUUAUCGCCCAGAAGCUCCUACUGGCAUCACGCCCGGAGAUGGUCCGAGUAGUGCUGCCCACCGGCGGGGUUAGUAUGAUGGACACACCCGGCCAGCCGUUCUAUGAUCCGGAAGCCGAUGCGGUUCUGUUUUCGACAUUGGAGGAAGAAUUGGCGGGGAGUAGGAUCCAAGUGAUUCGCGCUGAGCAAGCCAUCAAUGAAGACGGGUUUGCAGUGUUGGUAGCAGAGUUACUGGUUGGACUGGUCGAAGAAAAGGCGUCUCAUGUCAGAUAG